UGGCUUGACAAACCCAUGUCAGGAAUAGUUAAUAGCUCCAAUGAUGGAGGACGGGAAGCCUGUUUGGGCUCCCCACCCAACUGAUGGGUUUCAGAUGGGGAAUAUCGUGGAUAUUGGCCCUGACAGCUUAACUAUUGAACCGUUAAACCAGAAAGGCAAGACUUUUCUGGCUGUUAUCAACCAAGUGUUUCCUGCAGAAGAGGACAGUAAAAAGGAUGUGGAGGAUAAUUGUUCACUAAUGUACUUAAAUGAAGCUACACUCCUUCACAAUAUCGAAGUGCGGUACGGUAAAGACAGAAUUUAUACCUAUGUAGCUAACAUUCUUAUUGCAGUGAACCCAUAUUUUGACAUUCCUAAACUUUAUUCUCUGGAGACUAUUAAGAAGUACCAGGGUAAAUCCCUUGGGACAUUACCACCACAUGUCUACGCAAUAGCCGAUAAAGCAUUCCGUGACAUGAAGGUACUCAAGAUGAGUCAGUCCAUCGUAGUUUCUGGAGAGUCAGGAGCUGGCAAGACAGAAAAUACAAAAUUUGUUCUGAGGUAUUUGACUGAAUCCUAUGGUACUGGUCAAGAUAUUGAUGAUAGAAUAGUAGAAGCCAAUCCACUCUUAGAAGCCUUUGGAAAUGCAAAGACUGUUCGCAACAACAAUAGCAGUCGUUUUGGAAAAUUUGUAGAAAUCCACUUCAAUGAAAAGAAUUUGGUGGUUGGUGGAUUUGUAUCACAUUAUCUUCUGGAGAAAUCCAGGAUCUGUGUGCAAGGCAAAGAGGAGAGGAAUUACCACAUAUUUUACAGGCUUUGUGCAGGUGCUCCUGAAGAUAUUAGGCAAAAGCUGUAUUUAAGUUCUCCAGAUAACUUUAGGUAUUUAAAUCGUGGCUGCACUAGGUAUUUUGCUACCAAAGACACAGACAAGCACAUUUUGCAAAACCGCAAAAGUCCUGAGUACCUAAAAGCAGGUUCCCUGAAGGAUCCUCUACUAGAUGACCAUGGAGACUUCAACAGAAUGUGCACAGCAAUGAAAAAGAUUGGCUUGGAUGAUGCAGAGAAGCUUGAUCUUUUCAGAGUAGUAGCUGGUGUCCUUCACCUUGGAAAUAUUGAUUUUGAGGAAGCUGGGAGUACUUCAGGUGGAUGUAUUCUGAAGAACAAAUCUAGUCAGUCUUUAGAAUGCUGUGCAGAAUUGCUAGGUUUGGAUCAGGAAGAUCUGCGUGUCAGCUUAACCACCAGAGUCAUGCUUACAACAGCAGGGGGCACCAAAGGAACGGUUAUAAAGGUACCCUUGAAAGUAGAACAAGCAAAUAAUGCACGUGAUGCGUUGGCUAAAACUGUAUAUAGUCACCUUUUUGAUCAUGUGGUAAACAGAGUAAACCAGUGUUUUCCAUUUGAAACCUCUUCUUUCUUCAUUGGCGUUCUAGAUAUAGCUGGUUUUGAAUAUUUUGAACACAACAGUUUUGAACAGUUUUGUAUAAACUACUGUAAUGAAAAGCUGCAGCAAUUCUUCAAUGAAAGGAUUCUGAAAGAGGAACAAGAACUUUACCAGAAAGAAGGUCUGGGAGUCAAUGAAGUGCACUAUGUAGACAAUCAGGAUUGUAUAGAUCUGAUUGAAGCAAAAUUAGUAGGUGUGCUGGAUAUUUUGGAUGAAGAAAAUCGUCUUCCGCAACCAAGUGACCAGCAUUUUACUUCUAUGGUGCAUCAGAAACACAAGGAACAUUUCAGAUUAUCUAUUCCCAGGAAGUCUAAAUUGACUGUUCACAGAAAUAUCAGAGAUGAUGAGGGCUUUAUUAUCCGACAUUUUGCUGGAGCAGUGUGCUAUGAGACGACCCAGUUUGUGGAGAAAAACAAUGAUGCUUUGCACAUGUCCCUUGAAUCUCUUAUAUGCGAAUCCAAGGAUAAGUUUGUCCGGGAACUAUUUGAAUCUACCACUAAUAACAACAAGGAUCCCAAACAAAAAGCAGGAAAGCUUAGCUUCAUCAGUGUGGGAAACAAAUUCAAGACUCAAUUAAAUUUGCUCCUUGAAAAGCUUCGCAGUACUGGGUCAAGCUUUAUUCGCUGCAUCAAACCCAAUUUAAAGAUGACAAGUCACAAUUUCGAAGGGGGGCAGAUUCUUUCUCAGCUUCAGUGUUCAGGUAUGGUGUCUGUUUUGGACUUGAUGCAAGGUGGCUUCCCAUCACGAGCAUCAUUUCAUGAGCUAUACAAUAUGUACAAAAAGUAUAUGCCAGCAAAACUAGCUCGACUGGACCCUAGACUUUUCUGCAAGGCACUAUUUAAAGCCUUGGGCUUAAAUGAAAAUGAUUACAAAUUUGGAUUAACAAAGGUGUUUUUUAGACCUGGCAAGUUUGCAGAGUUUGAUCAGAUAAUGAAGUCUGAUCCAGAUCAUCUAGCAGAGCUGGUUAAACGAGUCAAUCACUGGCUUAUUUGCAGUCGUUGGAAAAAAGUUCAGUGGUGUUCUCUUUCGGUGAUUAAAUUGAAAAACAAAAUAAAAUACCGAGCUAGUGCCUGCAUUAAAAUACAAAAGACUAUUCGUAUGUGGCUUUGCAAGAGAAAGCACAAACCACGCAUUGAUGGCCUUGUAAAAGUGCGUACACUGAAAAAGAGACUUGAUAAAUUUAAUGAAGUUGUAAGUGCUCUGAAAGAGGGAAAACCAGAGAUGAGCAAGCAGAUCCGGGAUCUGGAGUUAUCUAUUGAUGCUUUGAUGGCCAAGAUUAAGGCCAUUGUCAUGACUAGGGAACAGAUACAGAAAGAGUAUGAUGCUCUAGUUAAGAGCUCAGAGCGGCUUCUGAGUGAGCUACAGAAAAAGAAGCAGCAAGAGGAGGAAGCGGAGAGGCUGCGACGCAUCCAGGAGGAAAUGGAAAGAGAAAGGAAAAGACGUGAAGAGGAGGAGCAACGUCGCAGAAAGGAAGAGGAAGAAAGGCGACUAAAAGCUGAGAUUGAGGCAAAGAGAAAACAGGAAGAAGAAGAGAGGAAGAAGAGGGAAGAGGAAGAAAAACGUAUUCAGGCUGAAAUUGAGGCACAGCUAGCUAGAGAGCAUGAAGAAGAGACCCAACAACAGGCAGUCCUUGAACAGGAACGUCGUGACCGUGAGCUUGCGAUGAGAAUUGCACAGAGCGAAGCAGAGCUCAUCAGUGAUGAGGCUCAGCUUGAUUUAGGAUUGCGAAGAUUGGAUACUGAAGUUAUUCAGCCUGUUCCAGUAGUUGCUAAAGUCAACGGAACAAAGCCUCAAAUGACUGCGGAACAAAUGGCCAAAGAAAUGUCAGAUGUUUUGUCUAGGGGCCCUGUAGUUCAAGCCACAAAAGCUGCGGCUGGCACUAAGAAGCAUGAUCUUAGUAAGUGGAAAUAUGCAGAACUUCGUGAUACAAUCAAUACUUCCUGUGAUAUUGAACUAUUGGCAGCUUGCAGAGAAGAGUUUCACAGACGACUAAAAGUGUAUCAUGCGUGGAAAUCCAAGAAUAAGAAACGUAAUACAGAAACAGAACAGCGUGCUCCAAAAUCAGUCACUGACUAUGAUUUUGCACCAGUUUUCAACAACUCAACUCAACAGAACCCAACAGCUCAGUUGCCUGCCAGGCAACAGGAGAUUGAAAUAAACAGACAACAGCGUUACUUCCGCAUUCCCUUCAUUCGCCCAGUAGACCAGUAUAAAGAUCCUCAAAACAAGAAGAAAGGUUGGUGGUAUGCACAUUUUGAUGGGCCUUGGAUUGCUCGACAAAUGGAACUUCAUCCUGACAAGCCACCUAUUCUGCUUGUAGCGGGGAAGGAUGAUAUGGAGAUGUGUGAACUAAAUCUUGAAGAGACUGGCUUAACUCGAAAGCGUGGUGCUGAAAUUUUGCCGAGACAGUUUGAAGAAGUUUGGGAGCGCUGUGGAGGCAUCCAAUAUCUUCAAAAUGCAAUUAAGAACCGACAAGCUCGUCCUACGUAUGCAACAGCUAUGUUGCAAAGCUUAUUAAAAUAGUCACCUUGCACAUUGAUAUUAGAGUUGAGAACCCUUACUGUGAUAUAAAGGGAAGAGUUCCUCUAUGCUACAGAGGAUUUAAACAUUCUGUAGUUGUGUUAGAGAUGUUUAAUUUAAAGUGAACAGAUUUUAUUAAUCAUGGGAGUUUAAUUUGUACUUUUGAUGUUUAAUUUCUGUAGUGAAUUUACUAAUUCUGUGGACCUUGCAGAAGUUUCAGUCAAGUAUAUUUGUUGCAUUUUCUUUAUAUGCUGCAUCCUUCUCAAAAGUUUCGGUUAUAAUGCUAACACUGUAAAAUACCACUAUUGUACUUGGAGUUUAUCCUAGUAUGUACCCUAUUACAACUUCCUUUUUAUAAAAUCAUCUUCAGAACAUGCAAAAUAGUAACCUUUCAAGGAUGGUCUAGUGAAGAGGGUACAAUGUAUCUUAUAACUGGAACUGUGAGGCCUUAGCUUUAACUUCUUCUCCAGAGAAGUUGAGUGUACACUACUUCUAUAUGAUCAAAGACAUUUUAUGUCCUGAUCUGAAAGCUGCUCAGCAUCUGUACGUACUGACUUUUUGAGAAACUUAUGGGAAAUCUUUGAUUUCUUACCUUAUCUCUUAGUUUAACUGACAUUGUUCUUUUAUAUGUUUUGAGAAGAGCAUAUAUGUAUUUGAAGUAUUGUGUAAUAAUGGAGGGACUCAAAGGAUGUGCUGCACAUUUAGGCUUGCAUUUCUCUCUCAAUUUUUUUUUAAUACAGAUUUCUUGCAAACACCAAUUAUAUUUUUCUGACAAAACUUUGUUAGGAGUCCUUCGAUAGUUAAAUUACCCAGGUAGUGUAAUUUAAAUAUAUGAUGCAAAAAUUGUCUAAGAUAUCUCUUUAGGUACAUUUAAAAUUAAAGGAAAGCAUAAGGGAAAUGUUUUUUUUCCUUUUUUUAAAUAGCAUAACAUAAUUAUAAUACAGAGGUCUGAAUUUAAGAGAUCCUUUGUUACUUCUGUUAGAUGAUAUCAGAGUCUUGCUCAGCAACGCCUUUGGAGUGUCUAAUUACAGUAGGCUACUUCAAAUGGCUAAAUUUUUUGGUCUACUGUAAUAAACUUUUCCUUCAAUCACUCUGAUUUCUUUAUACUUCAUCUCCCUUCAGAUUUUUCCACCUUUAUGUAAUAGUCCCCUUGCUUCACAAUUAAAAUGCUUGUGUAUAGGAAUUAUCCAUUUCACACCA